GUCGCAACAAGAGCACCACAUCAGCAACACCAAAAUGCGCCCUCUCACCGAGACAGAGACCCAGGCGUUGUUUACGAAGUUGGCAAACUAUACGGGGAACUCGUUGAAGAAUCUCAUAGCGCCUCUGGACAAUUCUCCCAACAGCGACCGAUACGUCUUCCGAAUCCAAAAUUCUCGAUGCUACUACGUCCGACUGUCUCUGGCAAACCUGGCAACCUCGAUAUCGAGGGAUAAGCUGCUGUCUCUGGGAACAUGUUUAGGCAAGUUCACCAAGACAGGUAAAUUCCGCCUGCACAUCACCGCGCUUCCUCACCUCGCCGAACACGCACGAUACAAAAUAUGGGUCAAGGCAAAUGGCGAGAUGCCAUUCCUCUAUGGAGGGCAUAUUGUAAAGGCACACGUCGGGCGGUGGUCCGAGGAUUGUGCCGAGCAUCAAGGAGUCAUUGUCUACAGCAUGAAUGAUACACCUCUGGGCUUUGGGGUUACGGCUAGGAGCACACAGGAGGCACGGAGAUUAGAUCCAACCGGUAUUACGUGCUUCAGACAGGCAGAUUGUGGAGAGUACCUGAGGGAUGAGGAUAGUCUGUUUGCAACCAACUGAUGGGAUGUUGGCGAAGAAGACUGACGACCCUUGUUGGCACGGCUGGCGUUGGGGAAAAGAACAUGACGUUUAUUGGCAUAUGGAAUCGAUUUCUCUUGUUCGUUUAAUGCUACAAGACUCCCAAGAUCUGUUUUGUUGUGAGGGGAGUUUGGCGGGAGAAUAUUCAUGACUCCCAAAUAGGACUUCGUAAAUACCGCAAUUGAGAGCUCCCUGAUACCUGAAAGACACCCUAACGUAGGAACGUAU